AUAAAUCGAGAAAAGAAUGAAGUCGAAUAUAUAUGUAUAUAUAGAAUAAACGUGGUAGCAAUUCUAAUUGGUUACACCAUGUUGUUCCUCCUAUCAGACGUUCAUACAUAUAUAUAUAUAUACAUUUUAUAUCAGUUUAUAGAUCAUUUUAUGCAGAGUAUAAUACAAAGAAUAGUAAAAAGAUAGAAAAUUGUGUUUAAUUGCGAUGAGACAGAUGACUUUAACACAUUCCUCUUCCUGUCAAAUGGAUCGAAGAUGAUUAAUAACGCCAAAUGUGUGCAUACGCGACGUUAUCGCGUCUUUUGAUUUCAUGUAUUUAUAUGUACGAAUAAACUCUUUCGAGAAUUGAGGUACAUAUGUAGCGAGUUUUUGACGAGUGGAAUCCCCGGCACCUGAUGAAACAAAUCCUUGUGCAGGAUGAACGUCGUUCGAAUCAAUUCAAGGAACGUGAUAUUCCUUUUUAUAGCGCUUCUGUCAACCUCCGCCGAGGAAACGCACAUAGGUCAUGAGACUCUAAGUACCUUUACUAUAAAAGAAGCUAAUGUAAAUACUACACCAGCUUACAGUAGUAAGAAGGAGGAAAUAACUGGUUUGUGCGGUCCAAGUGGAAUACAUUGUGCUGAAUUAAGUGGAGAAUGUCUGAAUUGUAAUUUAAAUUAUAGUUGUAUAUAUGGUGCUAUCUAUAUUGCGCAGUGUUCUGUUAUGGAACAUGUUGAUUGUGUAGGAAACAAGUCCUUUUUCAAGAAAUAUAUGUGUCGUUAUUGUUAUCAAACUGAUCAUUGGGAACAUCAGUGCCAUCAGAAAAAUUCCUGUAGUUCAGUAGCAUCUCCGCAGCAAUAUUAUAGAACAAAUUGUACAGUAAAUGAUGACAUAUUGUGUCUGGGCAGACGAAAGUUUAUGAAAAACUUGCCUUGCAAUUGGACAGUUGGAUAUCGAUGGUCUACAGCUUUGAUAUUGAGCAUUACUCUCGGAGGAUUUGGUGCUGACAGGUUUUAUUUAGGACACUGGCAAGAAGGCAUUGGCAAGCUUUUCAGUUUUGGUGGACUAGGUGUGUGGACUUUAAUUGAUGUAAUAUUAAUUUCUAUGAGAUAUUUAGGUCCUGCUGAUGGUUCUUUGUACAUCUAGAUUAAAGAUAGAAUUAAUCAAUAAGAAAAGUUUAAUUUUAAUUUAUUAUAAUUUAUAUUGUAAUUUUUGUGUAAGAUAUAGUUUUUUAUAAUAGUAGCAGAAAUAUGUUAUAUCUGUUGAUUUGAACUGAAGUGAUAGAAAUUAAUUUGAUAUAUGUGAUGUUUAUUAAAUAUAAAAUCUGUUUUUAUAAAAAUAAAA